AUGGGGCCUCUUGUUGGUUCCCGCAGCCUGGCAUUGCGUCGUUGCGCUUGUGCCAGCAGCUUUGCUUCGGGCGCUCCUCGACAGGCGAUUUACAGAAACAGCCGACUUUACUCACAGGCCAAAGAUGAGGCGGGAAUCCCAGCACAGAGGGCCAAUUUAUUAGAUCUGUGGAACAAAUACCAGGCUAAUGAUGAUUUACUUGGCCUUCACUCAGAGGACAUCUACGUGGGGCUGUUAGGCAAGAGCCGUAACGUCUCAAAGCAUCUUUCAUUCGCAGAUCUUACCACGCCGUCGGGUAAAGUCAUUCAGAUCUGCUCCAGUGCAGAGAGAGAUGACAAGGCUCAUGAUGAUUUCCGCCAAGUUCCUGCUUUCAGCCCCGUUCUCAUUCGCAUAAAGCAACAUGAAGCCGCAGGUGUGGCCGAGUCAAAUACCACCGACGGCUCAUCAAAAAAAACCGUCUAUCUCGACAGCAUACGUGCGUUGAAUAGCGUCCCAAAGAAUCUUAUAGUGACACCCGAAGUCCAGUUCCCUCCGACAAAGAGGCAUCUCCAGAUUCGAUUUCACCCAGAAUUGCAAGCCAGACUCCAAUUCAGAUCGUGGCUGAAAGGAAUGCUCAACCAAAGCCUGCUGGAAAAGGGCUUUACAGAUAUAGAGACUCCAACCUUGUUUAAAUCCACACCAGAAGGAGCCAGAGAAUUCCUUGUCCCUACACGACAGACAGGCACCGCCUAUGCUCUAAGCCAAAGCCCGCAGCAGUAUAAACAGGUCCUUAUGGCCAGUGGCAUCAUGCGCUAUAUGCAGUGGGCACGAUGCUAUCGUGAUGAAGAUUCUCGGGCUGAUCGACAACCAGAAUUCUCACAGCUUGACAUGGAAUGGGCUUUCGCCGGUGCCGAGACGGUGCAAAAGGAUAUCAAUGAUAUUGUCCUGGCAGCUCUGACUGCUCUGCAACCGGCACAUAGCUACAAGGAGAUUCGAGGAGAAGUGGUCCCUGUUGUUGCCGCUAUACCUGCCACUCCUCCACCUGCAGACCAGCCCGUUGCCCACCAGUUUACAAACAUUACCUUUGCAGACAGCAUUGCUGCCUACGGCUCUGACAAGCCAGACCUUCGUAUCCCUCUAAGGAUACAUGCCCUUCCCAAUCUUGAGCCUUUCCAACAUUUCGUUAGCAUGAUAACCCACAUGUCUAAUCCUCUUAUAGAAGCCUUUGCACUCCCGCUGAAUGAUUGCUCUCCUUCGGAAGCGCAAAAGUUUAUGAUUAAAUUUAUGGACGAGCUCCCCGCUUCUCUGGGGAAAAAUCCCGACGGCAAACCCCAGAUUCUCGUCUAUGAUUCCAGCAAGCCGCUGUGUGGAUUUUCUUCACUAGGCUUUGACUACGAAAGCGUUCUAGAUCUGCUUUCUGAGCAGAAGGGCCUUAAUGACGGAGAUCUUGUUGUUUUCCAGGCCCGUGAGAAGCCCGCCGGACAAUACUACUCUGGCUCAACAAAGAUUGGAGAUAUCCGAAAUUUGCUAUGGAAAGCACUUGUCGAGGCGGGUUAUAUGGAGACACCACGGCUCGGAGAGCCAGGGUCGCUCCAGUUUGCUUGGGUGACAGAGUUUCCCAUGUUCAAGCCGGUUGAGGAGGGCGAGCCAGGCCAAGAAGGCGCGGCGGGAAUCGCUGCUGCUCACCACCCCUUCACAGCACCUCUCUCUCAGAAAGAUCUAGAGUUACUUUUCGCCGAUCCCCUAGAAGCAAAGAGCGCUGCAUAUGACUUGGUCCUCAAUGGUGUCGAAAUUGGCGGAGGCAGCGUUCGUAACCACAUUGCCGAUGUCCAAGACUUUAUCAUGCGAGACGUUUUGAAGAUGACCGAUAAGAGGAUCAAGGAUUUUGCUCACCUGUUUGAGGCUCUCCGGUCAGGAUGCCCGCCUCAUGCCGGGUUUGCGCUCGGAUUCGAUCGUUUUGCUGCUCUGAUGACUGGCACACCAACUGUUCGAGAUGUCAUUGCGUUUCCCAAGACGAUGAAGGGAGAAGACCCCUUUGUGCGGUCACCUAGCAAGCUCAGCAAUGAGCAACUUGCUCCUUAUGGCUUACAAUUGCGCUCAAAGUCCUCAUAG